CCACAAUCUUUUAUCACCGAUAACCAUCAUCUGCUAGCAUCAUGCCACCUUCAACCCCAAGGCUGUUUCUUAUUCGACAUGGUGAAACAGAAUGGUCCUUGAAUGGACGGCACACUGGAACAAGCGAUAUUCCUCUCACAGCCCGGGGAGAGGAACAAAUCAAGUCCAGAGCACACAUCUUGGUCGGCGAAGGCAAACCAAUUGAUCCACAAAAUCUCUGCGUUGCCCUCGUAUCUCCCCGCCAGCGAGCCCACAGAACAUUCCACUUGUUAUUCGAACAUAUACCCGAGUUCCCGGACCACAUCAUUGAUGUGUCCGUUAGAGAGUGGGACUAUGGGCAGUACGAAGGCUUGUUCAAGCAUGAAAUUCUCGACAGAGACCCCAAUUGGACCAUCUGGAGAGAUGGCUGUCCUGGAGGCGAGAGUGCUCAGGAGAUGUGCGCUCGCGUUGACAGUGUGAUUGCCCAGGUUCGAGAGUACCAUAGAGAAUACUUCGAAGAGGGCAAGGGAACGCGUGACGUAUUGAUUGUUGCUCAUGGCCACUUCAAUCGUGUCCUCAUUUCCCGAUGGAUGAGAUUCGAACUUGCUACAGGGACUCAUUUCAACGUGGAACCCGGAGGAGUUUCUGUCCUGAGCUAUAAUCACAGUUCCCUCGAUGAACCAGCUUUGAAUGCUCUGAAUCUUUAUGCUGACCUCAAGUAGACUCUCCGUUGUAUGCUGUAGGAUGUAGAUCGUGUUGUUUCGAUAAAAAUGGGUGGUUCGGUGACGGCCGGCGCCGAGCGGGACGCGUCCCGUGAUUGGCAAUGUUAUAUUUUCUGGUUGUAAUUUUAUUCCUUCUGCACUCG